UCCGCCGUAGUUUCUAGGAGACGAUUGAGUUUGGACGUCGUCAGCAGAGAGCACGUGGUGCUCACUUGCACUAGAACCGCUGGGAAGAAACAUCACACGACGCUGCCUGAGUCACGAACUUCGUAAAAUCAUGAGAACAGCAACUUUGACAGUCGCUGCACGAAUUAUUGGGUGCGUUUGUUUGUUGGGAUCGGUGAUGAUAGCAACUCAGAUAGCAGUCGACCUUUUCCACUUCUCUAAUCCCGCUUACUCCAACACCACAAAAUGGGCGUUCAAAUCCAUUGACGUCUGGACAGUUCACCACGCUCACCAAUUUGUGGACAAAGAAUCGCAUCUCCUUGCUGUUGGGAUAUUUGUCGUGUUUUACGGUGUGUGCAGUGGCUUGCUAGUGUACGCAACUUAUGUGGGCCGGCGUUUAUUGGCGGAGCCCUGGCUGUUCUGCGAGGGCACGUGCAUCCUUUGCGAGGCGUCCUCGCUCGUCGCCUACUACAUGCGCAAAGAGGAGGUCACUGCCCGCUGGAACGCCACCGGCGCCUUGUUGUGCCUUGCUUUAGCCGGUUUCAUGUGGGGCCUUGUGUUCGAGGCGCAGCUGCGGUGGAAGACGGAAGCUUUCGGGGAACGCACGGUGCCUUCACCGCCUCCGUACACGGAGCACAGCCUAGAGCAGCCACAUGCCCUCCACGCACCGGGCAAGGCGCACCGGGCCAAGAUGACUGUAGUUUAAGCGCGCACCGCUGCGUUGAUUUUAUUGAAUUAUGGCGAUACUAGACUUGGUGCGUAAUUUGACGUUUACGACUACUAACACUUAGGUGAUAUAGAAAUCGAAUGGAAAAACUUUUUAAAAUUUUUAAUUAAGUAGACACAAAAACAAUAUGGCUAAUUUGAAUUAACAUGACAAAUGUAAAUACAUUGACUAUUAAAGGAAUAAUGCUGAUGCGUACUCACGAUGUUUCCCUGAAUAGAAUAGUUGUGAUUAGUGAUGAAUUGACCACGUUGAUUAGUAAUGGUGACGUCCAGGCCAUUGACUGAAUCUUGUAAUUCGGAAGUAAAUUUUUUUUUAUGAAGUAUGAUUAUAAUAAUUCAAGUAUGUUAUUAAAUUUACUAGAUAGGAUGA